AUGUUACGUAUCUGCGCCUGCGCUUUUGAACGAGGAAGUAACCUAUCAACAUGAACACCAUUUUUCUCGUGUUUAUGGGUUUUUAAUAAUGAACACGUGACUAAACAUGGCAUACAUGGGAACAUUGAUUUUUCUAUUGUGUUUCAGCGUAUCCUAUGCAAAAUUAGACACGUUGCAGUGUUCGAAUGAUCAGUUACAGCAGUGUUUAAUAUCUAUAACACUAGAGAGAAGAUCUAUCGGUGCUCCCCUUUCUACAAUCGAACUUAUGAGUAAUUGCAGGAAUUUUCGAGAGGGACUAAACUGCCUUAUUUGGUAUUCUGUUAACUGUAUUAGCCAAUCGCAACGCGGUGUUACCAAAGACGUCAUCGAAAACGUCAGGCAGUAUCUGAAGAACGUGUGCGAAGACUUCGAACAAGUCGAUGAGAACUGGAGGGAUCGAAAAUGUUAUAUGAGUGAUGAGAUGGAAACUUGUAAGGAGGAUUACUUCAAGCAUAACGAUUACAAGAAGAUCGACGAGUACAGCUGCGGGCAUUAUUUUCAGUUCAAAAGAUGUGCCGAGAGGAUACUAGAUGAAAAAUGUACAGAGAAAUACAACAUAUACUUAAGCACUUAUCUGUUAGAUAAAGCGGAUGAGUUCAGUUGGAUGUGUUCUGAAGAGGAUACGUAUUUUAAUAAUAGAAACGAUCAAUUGAUGAUUCGGUCCAUAAAGGGUGCGAGGUGCUUGAUUAGGAAUAGAGAAAAGCUUUCCGCGUGCAGAAGAAAUUACGACGAGAAUGAAAAUGUGAUUGAGAGUGAAGAUAUCUUUGCCACUGCUUGCUGUGCCUUUAAGAAGUACGUCUUCUGUAUCGACGACGUCGCAACUACAAACUGUAGAUCCGAAUCUCGAGAAUUAAUCGACAAUGCUUUACAGCGCCUAAACAGGGAUCUUAAUUACAAAUGUAUUAAUUAUGAACUCGACAUGUGUUCGUCUUGUUCUGCUCUAACGUCAUUACUCAGUUUAAUCGUUGGGAUGAUAACUGUGAUGGAAGUGUGCGUGAGACACUGACUUGUGUGAUAUAUUUUUUAUGUAAAAAGUUAAU